GUAAGCUCCAAUAUCAACGAAUCUUGUCUCUGAUCAAAGAACUUAAGAUUGUUCUAGUUUGUCUUGUAAAUUGCGGGAUACAGACUCGUACAAUUGUUGUUCUUUAAGUAUCACCAUGGCAAACAAACCGCCGGACCGAAUUCGCGUGGGUAUCGUCGGAGGUGGAUUGGCCGGUGCGACACUAGCAAACGCCCUCAUCGUCCAUUCCCAUCUCGACAUCGAACUAUUCGAAGCUUCUCACGAGUUCUCGGAGCGGGGUGCAGCUGUUGGGUUAUCCGUGAAUGCGCAAAAUGCCCUUCGUCAGAUAAUCCCAUCCAUAAGAGAAUUCUUAGCGAAAGCCGGAGCUGUAGACAUGAACUCUACUCGGACUGCGCUAGGUUCGGGACCGGCGGCGGGUACAAUUAUCUACGACAUCGCAGCAAGCUCGGGUCUCGGUGUCGUGCUCCAUCGUGCUUCGCUCCUACGCGAGCUCUUACAUCUCUUGCCUAAAGAGAUUCUCCACGCCAACAAGAAACUAAAAUCGAUAAAUCCAAAUAGAGAUGGAAGAGUCGAGUUGGGGUUCGAGGAUGGGACUAUCGAGUGUUUCGACGCUGUCAUCGGCGCGGAUGGAAUAUUUAGUAUCGUUCGCCAUCACGUACUACAGGAUGCUGCGGAAGAAUGCGCCCCGUCUCCUGCUGGAUAUUGGGAUAGUAGAAACUUAGUACCAUUCGAGAAAGCAAAAAAGGUUCUUGGUGAGAAAUAUUUCGAAACCGAUCGGCAAUGGUCUUGGGUAGGAGAUGGCGCCUUUUUGUUGCAUAAUGUUCUUGAGAACGGAGCUAUGGUUCAGGUGAUUAUCUCUGCCAUUGAACCUGAGCCCCCUAAAGAUCGAAAAAGACCACUUACCAAGGAGUUCCUGGACCAAACAUUGGAUAGAUGGUUCGAUGGACCAAUUGCAAAGGGAAUGAUAGAGCUCAUGCUUGACCAAGAUAAUCCGCAAGGAUACUCUCAAUGGGAGCAUAGGUCGACUAAAACAUACGCCAAUGGCUAUGUAUGUGUUGUCGGAGACGCAGCUCAUGCAACAACCCCUUGGCAAGGGGCUGGCGCUGGUCUAGCUAUCGAGGAUGCCAUGGUCCUAGGUACUCUAUUCAGCAAGGUCACUUCUUCCAGAGACGUACCGGCAGCGUUCAAAGCAUAUGAUGAGAUAAGAAGACCUAGAUGUCAGAGAGUCAUUGACUCGAGCCGAGAGAUGGCGGGAGUAUACUGCGGAAGAAACCCUGGGGCCGGCCUAGAUCCCGACAAGCUGAGAGAAAUCUUUGCUUCUAGGUAUAGCUUCAUUCUCGGAUUAGACAUGGAAGCUCACAAGGCGGAGGCAAUGCACGCAUUCGUGAACUCUGGUUGAGGAGAUCAUGAGAGACAGGUAGAAAUCUAAACAAGAAGAUAAGGUACGGGCGGUCAUGUAGGUAACGACCUAGUAGGUAUCGGUACAUAUCUUUCAAGUGCUUUAACGAGAUUCCCAUCUCCUUGCCCA